AUGGAGAGUCAUCAGAAGGGUCGUUUACGGGAACCCAUGCGCCCAACAGAGGUUUCAAUACUGGAGAUAGGCCAACAACUGUGUCUGAGUGCCAUGAUAAUGACAUUGAAUAGGUCCAAGUCAAGGCAAAAGGCUCUAGAGCUUCGCAAAUCUGCGAAAGCAACACCUAAAAGCCGUUUUGCUGAUGAGAAUGAUGUUGGUGCUUCUUCUAGUGCUAUUAAAAUAUCUAGGAUUGCUUCCCAACAGCUUGAUUGUGAUAAUGAGUUAUUGGAAUUGACUAAAUUUUCUGGUAUUAUUAGGGAUAAUCAUGCAGUGAGACAGGCAAAAGUAGAAUGCUUAAGCAAGGAAAAGGAUGCUAACAUUUAUUGCGGUAGAAUUACAAGAUCUAGAAGUUCUUGCAAUCUAUCUAGCCGCGAUAGUAAACCUUUGAAACUUCUUAGUUCUUCUGAUAUUGCUAAGGAUGAUGGUGCUAGAAAGACAACGUCACAAAGUACUUGUAUUGAAGGAGUAUCAAAGCCUGUACAUUCAUCGAAUAUUGCCAGCCAACGAGUGGCGCGAUCCAAAUCUGGUGCUUCUAAGAAGUCUCUACUCGUUAACUCAUUAAACAUGUUGGAAGGACUAGUCAUUCAGAAUGUGUCAGGUGGUGACAUAAUCCCAUAUUGUCCUGACACUGAUGCUAUUGCUAACCAGGAAGGAAAGGCUGAUUAUGUCACAGAACCAGACCGUAUUUUAGAUGGGCCAGUUGAUGCUCGAGCAGCUUGUUGUGAGUCUAACUUGGAUGCUGCUGGCUUAAGUGUAGGGUUGGAAAUUGUUCUCUCGAGGCCACCAUCUGAUUGUAGUAUGUCUGUGAAGCGCAAGACACUUGACCUUGAUGAUGAGGAAAAGUGCAGCUUGAAUGAAACCUUUAACCCUAUUAUGGAAAAGGAAAGGCUGGACAAAUCAUCAGGGAAAAGAUGUACUGUAGUGAAGUCUGCCACAUCACUAGAUAAAGUAACUUUUGAUGACCCUUGCAGAAAGUCCUUGGAGAUGCAAUCACUGGAGCAAGAGGUCUCAAACAAAAGAGAAGAGCCUAGGAGGGUUUCUUUUGAAACCUGUGUGGAAGAGUGUGUUGUAGUUGAUGAAGAGGUAUCCGAAUUAGAUAUCAAUAAGAACCUUCAGAAUGCUGAAGAUAAUUCAGAUGCUGUCGUAGAAAUUCAACACUUCCCUUUUUCUCACAAGGCGGAUGUUGCACUAUUAAAUGUUGAUAAGGGCCCUGGUGUAGAAAUGCAUCAAAAGGUGACAUGUCAUAUAGCGAAAGGAUUUGAGUCUUCACCCAGGCUGCAAGUUGAGGAGCUUUGCAAAUCUGCUAGCAGGCAUACCCCACUGUCUGAAUUCUCAGCUACAUUCAAAUUGCAUGGAACACCAGAUUUAUACCAGUCUGUACCAAAUGGACUUCUUGAGCACAUGGACCUGAGGAGUACCUUAAAUCUAAAUGAUGAUGGUGGAAAACAUCUCAGGGCAAGUUAUAGUUGUGUGGAUGAAAUGAAGUGUGCUUUCGAAGGAGUGUUGUAUUCUGAUUGUGUACCAUACACUGAUGCUCGUUUUGGUUUUUGAAAAACCUUAUAUGUCUCCUAUUGGAAGCU